CGAACAUACAGGAAGUGAUGUUUUUUCCCGCAGGGACCGGGGAGCGAGCUUGAUGGUGAUGCGCAGCUCGAGACGCUUCGGAGCAGAAAAACAACAAGAGCGAAGAUCAAAAGAAGAACCGGAAGGCUGUGACCAUGAAUCCUUCAGCCCUCCUCCCAUUGGUCGUCAUCUUCAUGAGUCCAGUGACCUCAGAGACCGUCGACCCGUCCGUGGAGGACUUGAUCAAUAGGAACUCAGACUUCGCGGCCCGUCUGUACAGAGCCGUCGCCAGCCGGACCGAUGACAACGUCUUCCUGUCCCCCUUCGCCCUGAUCGCUGGUCUCACGGCGCUGAUGAGCGCCACCAACGGGUCGACCCAGGACCAGCUACUUCAAGGACUCACUCUGUCUGGACUGGACCCACAGACCCUCCCAGAUCUGUUUCAGAAUCUUACGACCGUCGUGCUGAAGGGGGGCCGAACCAGAACCCUGUGGCAAGGCGCGGCCCUCUUACCCGCCCAGAACUUCCCGGUGUCCCCGUCCUACCAGGAUCUGGUUCAGACAAAGUUCAGAGGAAGUGUUCAGAGUCUGGCCUUCACAGUGCCUCAGGAAGCCGUCAACACCAUCAACCGCUGGGCCCAGGAGCAGACCGGAGACUUGGUCAAGGAGGUGGUGACCACCCUGGACCCCCAGACCCAGCUACUGCUCGCCACGGUCGCUUCGUACCAGACCCGGUUCAGUCCAGCUUUUAACUCGUCCCAGUCUCUGGCUGAGCGGUUCUACGUGGACCGGUAUCACGUCGCCAUGGUCACCAUGAUGUUCAGGUCUGACAAGUACUUCUUGGCCUACGACCGCUUGGUAAAGGUUGGUGUGUUGAAGUUGCCGAUGACAGACGGAGCGGCCAUGUUGGUCGUGUUGCCUGAUGAAGGCGUGGACGUCAGUGCGGUGGAAGAGGAAGUGACGGCUGAGAAGAUCCAGGCUUGGAUCAAACGUCUGAAGAAGACGAAGUUGGAGGUGCAGGUUCCUCGCUUCCUGUUGGAGCGUUCCUACUCGCUGAAGGAAAUCCUGCAGACUCUUGACAUCACUCAGGUGUUUCAGGACGACGCAGACAUUGCAGAUAUGGGCGGGGCUAAAGGACCCAGACUCACACAGGUUUUACACAAAUCUAUUGUCUCUGUUGACGAGAGCAGCGAUGACAUCACUACAGAGGGCAGAGUCAAUGUGUUCUCUACUCCGCCUCCGCGACUGACGAUCAACAGACCCUUCAUAUUCGUCAUCUACCAACAGACCACUGGCAGCCUGCUGUUCAUUGGCCGAGUGGUUGAUCCAACCAGGAAGUAGUAACCACAGCUUACCUGAGAGCUUGCAAAGCCAAGCCCUCCUGAGUCACACCUAUCAAACAGCAGGUUCACUGUGUUCUAAUGUUCUUCUAGUCUGUAGUUAACAGCUCUUUGUGUUUCCUAACCUGUGGGUCAGGACCCCAGAGGUGCCGCAUGGUAAAUCCAAACGGUCCCGAAACAAUAUUGUUUUUACGGUGUCUCUGCAGGUGCUUCUCCUCUGGCGCCACCAUCAGGUCAACACCUAAAACUGUCCACUUAUUUGGUUUGUGAUCAAACACUUGUAGAGCUAAUGACGUUCCCAUGAUGACAGCGGGACCGUGUGUUUACUCCUGAUUAGCAGAUAUUAGCAUGCUACAGCUAAUCUCACACUAAUAGUGAACAUCCACUGAUGUUAGCGUUUAGCUCAAACCAGAGCCGUUGAGAGAGAGAGUAGCGACAACUCGUUCACUCCAAUGGACCAGUUGUUUCGUCAGUCGUAUCACGGAGCCUCGUCUAUGUCGAGACGUUUACAUGAUCAGAUGUUUAUUAUCAGCACAUCUGAACCUAAUCAACAUGUUAGUCGAUUAUGAUUUAUGAUUAUUUAUGAUUUUAAAAAUGUAAUUACAUCGGCAUAUUGGUCUGCUUUAUUGUAUAUUUAAAACAUUUAAUGACGACUUCUGUAUUCAGGAACUAUCUGAAGUCGUCAUGAGUCACCUGACCUGUCGCUAUUCUCUCCCUAAACGGCUCUGGAUUUUCUCUUCAGACAUUUGAAUGGUUAAAAAAAUUGUGGGGAGUCACUCCCCCUUACAGGGGGAGGGAGGUCACUGCCCCCUGCAGGUGGGAGGGAGGUCACUGCUGGGUGUAGUAACGUGGUAGUGAUGGUUACAGGUGUAACUUGACUCUGAGUCAAGUUUAACUUGGUGUUUGCAGCUUGUUAGCAUGUUAGCUGCUAUCUUAAGAUAUGUGCUGUUUAUAGUUCAGGACAUAAACUGACUGAAGUUGUUUAAAUAUACGUUCUGUUGUAUUUCAUCACUAUAAAUCAUUAAAACACGUCA